AUGGCAUACUAUGAAGAACGCCGGUACACUGCCCCGCGCGAUCGCGAUCGCGCCCGCCCAGUGAGCUACGCCGCGGACUACUAUCAAGACACCCCUCGCUAUUCACGAUACGAGCGAGACGUCUACCCUAAUGAGUCCGUUGAGGAGAUCCAGCGUGAUUAUCCUCCCGGUGAGGGGUAUGUCUAUGAGCGUGGCUUUGACUCACGGCGAUCCAGGCGCCCGGUUUAUGAGAAUGUGCGCCGUGCUUCUUCAGCCAAUGGCCAAGGCGCCUAUUAUGAUGAAUAUCGUUCGCGCGCACGACCGUCUCGAGGAUAUGAUGAUCGUCAAACGCGCCGCUCAAAAUACUCUUCUCCAUCGCCAAGCCCAUCUCCGCCCCGCCAUAGACGCCGCAAGUCAUUCAGUGAACAAGCACUAGGUGCCAUCGGUCUAGGCGGCGCUGCUGCCCGAUAUGCUGGUGAUCGUGGCCGUGACCGUGAUGGUCGUGGCCGCGACUCAUCCCGUUAUCGCCGCUACUCUUCAGACUCCCGAUCACGUAGCCGUGGCGGUGGCGACCGCGACCGCGAACGCAGGCGCCGUGAGCGCAGCGAGGGCCGCAUUUCUCAAGCUGCCCGUACCGCCCUGACAGCCGGUGCCGUGGAAGCCUUCCGGGCUCGCAAGGAGCCUGGCGAAUGGACCGGUGCCAAGGGAAAGCGAAUUCUUACCGCUGCGGUAACCGCUGCUGCAACCGAUGGUCUCGUCGACAAAGAUCCCAAAAAGCACAGCAAGCGCCACAUGAUCGAGUCAACUCUGGCAGGUCUUGCCGCCAACCACUUCGUAAAUGGAGGCCGGUCUCAGUCACGGGGGGGAAGCAGAUCCCGCGAUAGACGCGGUCGGUCCUCCGGUGGCGGAAUCAAAGACCUUGCAGCCACUGGUGCGUUAGCGGCAGCCGGCAAAGAAAUCUACGAUCGUAUUUCUCGCUCCCGGUCUCGUCCUCGCGGACGAGACGCAUCUUCAGAUAGCGAGGAUGAUCGUCGCGGCACGAAGAAGCGCAGCAAGAGCGUCUCAGAAUACCUUACUAAGGGCAUGGCAGCCCUGGGCUUGGGCGAAGAAGCAAACAAGCAUUCAAGCGAUUCACGCGAUUCACGCGAGCGAGGGGAUCGGCGCCGAUACCGCGAGUCGCGUCGUGGCGAUCGCUCCGACUCUUAUUCCGAUUCCGACGGCGACAGCGACGACGAUUACCACCGAGGCAGCAGCAGCAGGGAUCCGAGACGAAGCAGAGGCUCGAGAGAUGUAGGUCGUUACCGUUCCGUGGAUGGAAGACAAUCCCAACCCCCCUACCCCUAUAACGAUAGACGAUCGGUGCCCAGUAGCGCGCCUCGCGGAGAGAAGGGUUGCGACGGGCAAGCAGCUACUAAAGCAGGCACCGGUAGUCAUUCCAGUUCCGAGAGCGAUUCUGACCUAGGUAACAGUGAUGAUGAGAAGAAGCAACGCAAGAAGAUGAGGCGGGACAUGAUGUUGACGGGUGGUUUGGCCACUGUGGCGACGAUCCAUGCAGCGCACAGUGUGUAUGGAGGUAUUGAGAAGCGGAAGAAGCGAAUGAAGGAACUCGAGGAGGGAAAGAUCUCGCCCGAAGAGGCACGGAAACGCAAGAUUAAGGCCAAUACGAUCGAUGCUUUUAGUGUGGGUUUAGCGGCACUGGGUAUCAAGGGAGCAUAUUCAGAAUGGGAGGAAGUCAACGAGAAGCGCAAGGAACAUAAGCAUUUCCAGUCAGAGUGUGAGGAACGGGCGAAGAAGAGACACUUGAGGCAACGCUCGCACAGUCAUGCCCCGCCUAAGCGGAAUCGGUGGCCUGAUGAGAUUGAGUACCCGCCUUCUAGGACUGGGUCCCUUGCGCAUCAGGGAUCUAGUGAGCCUGCACAGAUAUCUUAUUAG